ACCAACCGAGCUCCUUGGAGCUUGGGAGGGCUCCGCAAGGCUUGAGAAGUUUGGAAAGGCUGAACCGUGGACGAUCCAGGCUGCGUUUACUGAGCGGGCACUGUCUGCUCUUCAGGCCACCUUGCAGAUGUGCUGUGGCCUUUGUAUCUUGUGAGACCCAAGAGCCCUUCACCUGAAAGGUGGAAGAGGCUCCUGGGGUGUAGGUGACUGCUGCUGAGAAGAUGAAAGAAGAAAGCAUGUGCCCAGACUCCCCCGAAGGCAGCCUGGUCACCAGCGAGGAGGAAGGCGAGCGACUGCACAAGAAGUGCCUCCGCAAGCGCGGCCAGGUGGGAAAGCCAGCAGAGGACUGCAGUGCCCCGUCUCCUCAGGGCAAGCGGAGCAAGCGCAGCCCAGUCCCGCAGUCCUUUGAGGACGUGCACACGCAGCGAGUGAUCGCCAAUGUGCGGGAGAGACAGCGGACCCAAUCGCUCAACGACGCCUUUGCGGAGCUGCGGAAGAUCAUCCCGACGCUGCCUUCCGACAAGCUGAGCAAGAUCCAAACUCUCAAGUUGGCUGCUCGCUACAUAGACUUCUUGUACCAGGUCCUGCAAAGCGAUGAACUGGACCACAAGAUCACCAGCUGCAACUACCUGGCCCACGAGAGGCUCAGCUACGCCUUCUCCGUCUGGAGGAUGGAAGGGGCUUGGUCCAUGUCAGCAUCCCACUGAGCCAGGGUUCUCCCAGAUGAGUGAGCAAUACACCUCCACCUCAACUGAAACAACCAGCAGCUUGCCAGUGCCAAGGCACCAGCCCCAGCCCUUCUGCUCUCCUCCAGCACCUGUGAACAACAGCGGGCUUCCCCGGUGAGCAGGAGAGCGAGAGGCCCCUCCCCACCCCACGAUGACACUGGCUCCUUCACACAGGAACCACUCUGAAUUCCUCAGGCCUUUGAUGGACACCUUCCAAACCCUUGGGUUGGGGCACAAGGAUCCAAACCAGACACGGAUGGUUUUUGCUUGUAACAAGCUUGUCUGGAUACUGUGUAUAGAACUCUUGACAGUAAUUUAUUUUUGACUAGCAGGUAAGAAAUAGCCAGUGGAAUAUCUAUUUUGAUACUAGCCUUCUGCUUUCCAAGCGCCAGCCUGCAGGGGAAGCCAAUGCCUCUGGACUCACCGGACUUGGUCCUCCCUGCACACCACCACCGCCUGCAGCCGGUCUGGGCAGAGCCAGAGAAGCCACUCUGGGAGGUGCCACUGCCCCAGGGGAGCCCCACAGCCAAGACUCAUGGGGCAGCUCCCUUCCACCAGGACCGGGUAGGACAGCUCCUUUUGGGAGUACAGAAGGGCUUGAAUGGCCACAGGUCUCCCCUUCUGCUUCAUUUGGAGCUGAAAGCUCAGUGCAUCUGCUGUUUCGGAGUUCGCAUCUGGAAGUGCUGCUGAAAAGGGCAUUUUUACCCCUGCCAGGUGCUUCCUCCAGGAACCAGGGCCCAAGCAGAUGUCCCUGGCAAUAGGACAGGUGCUCCACAGCAUCCAAAGUGGGGUCUCUGCCUCCAAAAUGGAGAAACUUCUGGCCUCAGUGUCUGCCCUGCAGACGAACGGGACACCUCUGCUGUCACACAGACUCCACUGCCGAGCUGCUGUGCUCCAAUUCCCAGGGGACAGAGAAGGCCAGCAGACUAAAUCCUUGUUGCUUUGCUACUGCUCAGAGAGAGUUUAUGCAGUGGAUAAAAAUGAAAACACAGGUGACUGAGAGGAGAGGUGAGAUCUCUCUCACUGACCCAGUCCUUGUUGCUUUGGAUCUUCCUGGAGAUGUGAAACACAGCAUUGAAGGUCUGGAUCAAUAACUGACCACAGAUCCCAGUACAUCUAGUGUUUUAUGUCCGCUUUUACCUUGCUAUAAAGGCUCUGCUGUCUGCAUUGCAAUAAAGUCAUGAUUUAUA